CUCCAUUUUUUAGAGUUUGUGAAGCACAAAGGCCGAGCGGAGCAGAGGAGUUUCCGAAUUUCCGUUAUCCAUUCUCUCUCUCUCUCUCUCUCUCUCUCUCUCUCUAUCUUUCGAAGGUUUUUAAAUCUCCCUGCAAAUUUUAGGGUUUUUGAGCGAAUCUUGAAAUUUGAAUUCGACUGUUGAGAAACGAUGGUUUCCGAUUCGAUCACCAACGCUUCCAUUCAUGCAGCCCCAAACAACAACAACGCAGCCCGGGAUGUGGGCAAGAAGAAGAGGGCCAGGUCUGCCAAAUUGAAGCAGUGCAAGCUCGAUGUUCGUCGUGAGCAAUGGCUUUCUCAAGGCGCUGUGAAGAAUAAGGACUGUAAAGCGGAACAGAACGGCGUCGUUGAAGAACGCAAAGACCGUAAUAACCACCAUCCCUUCGGUAAUCUAGGGAUGAGGCCCGGAGGCGGUGAAAGUGACGGAUCGAUCCAUCACCACCACCACCAUGACAGCGAUUUGGACUCAAACAGUCCGAACAGUUUGACAAGUAGCGUCUUGGGCAGCAACUAUUCCGAGACUAACUUCACUGGGUCCAGCAGCAGCAGCAGCAGCAGCAGCAGCGGUGGCUGUUGCUCUGGAAAUAUCACAGAGGAUGAUGAAGGCGGUGGCGAUGAUGGGUGCUUGGACGAUUGGGAAGCCGUGGCUGACGCCUUAGCCGCCAACGAGAAGCCGAAAAACCCAUGUUUGGAGUCUCCCCCAGAGCAUGAUCCAAUUGCUCAAUCAGGUUCUCCUCAGGAAACGACUAUUGGGUCUGAUGGGCCGAGUUUUGGGGUUGAGAAUUCGAAGCCUCAGUGCGCCAGAACUAUCCCUAAAGCUUCAGGAAAUGGCCUGGCAUGGAGGCCUGAUGAUGCUUUUCGGCCUCAGAGUCUGCCCAAUUUAGCUAAGCAGGUUAGCUUGCCAAAUUCGAACCGGAAACAUUACGGUUGUGGUGGUGUUCCUUGGGCCUAUAGUGGUGUUGUUUCUGCGCCAUCCUCAUGUCCUAUAUGCUAUGAAGAUUUGGAUUUCACGGACACAAGCUUUUUGCCAUGCUUGUGCGGAUUCCGGCUCUGCCUUUUCUGCCACAAGAGGAUUCUCGAGGAGGAUAGCCGCUGUCCUGGCUGCAGGAAGCCCUAUGAGCAUGAGCCUGUUGAGGCAGAGGCAAGUGUGCAUGGAGGUAGCCUCACGUUUCGGCUGCCUCGUUCUUGUAGCCUGAUCACAAGGUCCUAAAAAGAACUUAUGUUUUUCGUGAGAUAUGUACUCUGGUCUCUGUUUUUUGUGUUUCAUUGGUUUUUGCGUGUUCUACAGUCUUAGAAUUUGAUUUCUUUAGUUAGAUGUGGGUAUAGGGUUUUGAGCGCCCGGAAUUGAUCUGCUUCUCUUUUGAGUUGGUUCUUAUCUGUAUGGUGCAUGUGCUGAGGUAGAGAACUCAGUGACUCAGUGUUCUUAUGUGAAUAGAUAAGGUGGUAUAGAAAUUCAAUACGUGAAACAAGUAUACACUAUUAUGGUAUUUCUUUUAAUCUUUUCAAUUUUUGCUUAUCUUUGCUACUAUUUGAUUCUCCUAUUUUAGUUUGGGUUUAUUGACGUUGCUAAUUGAUGAUGUAGAAGGCAUCCUUGUCCCUGAUCAGUUGUUCCUAAUGAUUUAAACUAUGUAGUUUCAUAGUUGUAUCUCUAAGGCUGGAUUUGGAUUCAAACGAAAGGUUCACUUCAUUAAUCUGAGUUGUUAAACCGUGGUUAUCUAGCAAUUGUGGAUCUUGGUUGAUAGUAAUGGACCUCCCCGUAAUGGAGGGGAUCUGAGUCUUCUUAGGUUAUGGUGUAUAGCAUUUUCAUGUGGAGCUCUGGGUAAGAUUUCUGCACAUGGGCUUCAGUCUUUUAAGGUUAACAUGGAUAUUGUCAAACCCUAAUGAACAAUUAUUUUAUGCAGGUAAUUUGUUCCAUAUGACAGAAUAGGGUACCACAUUUCUGUUCUAGUUGUUUGGGACUUUGCAUUUUGAGGUUAAGUUUGUCUAGUACAUUUGGCGUAUCUUUGUUUAUAUAUAAUAUGUUUUUGCUCUUGUCAUCUGAUACAAAGUUUUCUAUUAUUGCUAAAUAUUAGAUGAUGGUGGAAAGCAUUACUCCAUGAUGAGUUUUGUUAAGAUCCUUUGUACUUACAUUUGCUUGUUGCACAAGUGUUCAAGAUUGAAGGUCUUGCCAUUCAGUAUUUGCUGCUGUAAGUGCUAAGGCAGAUUUUCAAUUGCCUUUUUAGAGUUCAUGCAUAUAUUUACUUGGAGAUCAUUUGGUUUGUCAUCUGUUUAAGGGGAGGGACAAUUAGUUGACUGGUGAAGCCAUUAAUAAAUAAGCCAGAAAAAAAAUGAUGUGUUGCUAUCACUCUUCUACAAGGAACCUAGAAGUGUCUCUUGCUUAGGAUGGGGUUGGUAUUGUCGUCCCCUCUGUAUCAGGCUGUGAACCUUAUCAACUUCUAGCUGUGCAUUAGCCAAAAGCAUAUAUGGUGUUGUUAUAUCUAAUGUGGGUUAUAUUGCCAAUUUGGCAGUGUCUUUCGCUCAGGUUGCUGCUGUCCUCUUUAUGAGACUUGCUUCAUUCCUGUGUAGCUUGAUAAGUGAGUCACCUUUACGGCAUGAAGCUUUAAUACUUGUGUCGCUUUGGAUUUAGUAAUAGGUAUCCCUUUGCCCUGAGAUAAAAGAUGCAGUCUUCUCCUUAUACUUUUCAUGCUUGUUUCUGUUUCUAUUGUGAUGGUUAUGAAUUAACUGGUAUGUAACCGUUAUGCAUGGCUUCUGUGCUCUUCCUCUAGCACCCUUGGCAAGGAAAUUAAACUCAAUUGUAUAAGAAGAAAGAAUAGAUCACCCCCGUCAUUGAUAGGGUCGGUGUAACAUCAAUAUGCCUUCUGCACAUAAAAAAGUGAUUCAACUCU